UUCUGCCCUUUCCUUUCUCUCCGUUGGCUGUCUCCAGGAAAAUUUAUUUUUCCGGCGAGAAAAGAUUUUCCGGUGGGAAAGAGCUCGGUGGUUACUUUAGUACCUGUUGAGAAAGAGGAUAAUAAAAGUGAUUACUAUUGUCUUCUUCGAUGGCAGUUGCACCGGCAAGAGCUCGUUCGGACUAUGAUUACCUCAUCAAGCUCCUCCUCAUCGGCGAUAGCGGUGUGGGCAAAAGUUGCUUGUUACUGCGUUUCUCCGAUGAUACUUUUACCACGAGUUUCAUUACUACCAUUGGAAUCGAUUUCAAGAUAAGAACAGUCAAGCUUGAUGCUAAGCGUAUCAAAUUGCAGAUAUGGGACACUGCUGGACAAGAGCGUUUUAGAACUAUAACCACAGCAUAUUACAGAGGAGCUCUGGGUAUUUUACUCGUCUAUGAUGUAACAGACGAGUCAUCCUUUAACAACAUUAGGAACUGGAUGAAGAACAUUGAGCAGCAUGCGUUCGAUAGUGUCAACAAAAUAUUGGUUGGUAACAAAGCCGAUAUGGACGAAAGCAAAAGGGGUCAAGCUCUGGCUGAUGAGUAUGGAAUCAAAUUUUUUGAGACGAGUGCAAAAACAAACCAGAAUGUCGAGCAGGUUUUCCUUUCUAUCGCGAAAGACAUAAAGCAAAGACUCACAGAAACCGAUACAAAAGUUGAGCCCCAAGGGAUCAAGAUCACUAAACAAGACGCUAACAAAGCCUCAUCGUCUUCUACAACUGAGAAAUCAGCUUGCUGCAGUUAUGUUUAGAAGUUCCAUGGACAUGUUUCUUCUAAUCUCUUACCGUCUUUAGUCUUCUUUGCAUCAUUCAAGAGGUCGUCCUAUGUUCUUAUAGUAGGAAGACAGACUAAAUUGAUGGCCUGUGUGAUCUUACGUCUAUUUUGCCAUCUCCAUGGCCAAACACUGUACUGAAAAUGUGGUAGACAAUCUUUAAGCGUGUAAACGUUGAGUUAAUGCAGAUGUUGUUUGUAAUAUAUGGUGGCUAAUUGAUAUAUUUGCCAUGCAAAUAUAUCAAAAUGAGGAAAUAAGAAGCAAAGUUGGCAUG